UACCGUAUUUAUUUUACAAUGGAAAUUGUUUCUUCAUAACCUUAUCGUACAUGCGAAGUCAUAACGGUUGUCCAGUUUUAUCUUAAUUCAAAUAUAUUUACUUAAUAGAAAGCUUAGCUAACUUAAUUAUGAACAAAAUAAUAACCUAACCUCUCCUUAUUAGUUUACAGUUUUAAGUUAAAAGUAGUUAUUAAAUUCCUUAGUGAAAUGCAGAAAUUACAAGAUAGCGUAUUUUCUAUUGUGAAGACAACAAAUUUGUCACCUGCUGUGUUUAGUUUUUUGCAGCCGACCGAAGAUAAUAAUUCCGAUAAAACCCCCCUUGGUGGUAUUCUAAAUGACACCAAACAUGGCUGGCUUGCACUGGGGCCCAAAUUCUGCGUCGUCGACCUUAGAACCGGGCUGAAGGUGGCAGCACGAACUUUUGGGACACCAUACAGCAACUCCCGCACAACAGUCACCAGUGUAGUGGAGCUUAUUACACCUCUGACGGAGAAUUCCAAGCAACUUAUAAUCAGUUUGCAAUGCGAAGACUUCACGAGCAACAUUUGCGUAUUCCACAUCAACGGCUCACAGAUACUGCGAUGCAUUCAAACCGAUUUAGUUGUGACAGAACUGGCAGUGUGCGAUGACAUGCCUGACGGCCCUUUCACAUGCUUUGAUGGUGUUGUAAUGGCCGGCACAAAAACUGGAGAGAUUUUUGCGUUUGAUCUCAAUAGAUCUGGCCUUAUUCAAGCAUUAAAAGACAUUACCCAAGGCUAUGAACACAUGAUUCAAAAUGAGAGCAAUCCAGCCAACCUGACCUUCUUGCCUUUAAAAGCGAUUCAUCAAAUCGAAGAGCAACGGGACCUAGUUCUUGUAAAUAACGAUCAUCUAGCCAUUCUGCUGAAUGAAAGCUCAGUAAUGGACGGCCAGUACAUAUUCCACAAUCCUGAUGGCACAGUCCGGAUGAAGGCUAAAAGGGAUCACAUCAGAGUUACUGUGCUUCAGUACAUCCCACAGCUGGGAAGCUUGGCUGUGGGCUACAAUUUUGGUGCAUUCCAGAUUUGGAAUUUACUAACACUGGAUUUGGAAUUCACUUCUCAAGUCAAUGUGGAGUGCUUGCCUGUGACGCACUUUGGGUUUCAGGAGCCUUGUGACGAUCCUCGAGCAUUCUGCUACCUCUGGGUUGUCUUCUCCCUGAUAGACAGGUUUGAAGAAGAGGAGUUCCCACUGGCUGUCAUGUACUCACUUACAUACCAAGGAAAGAGGAUGCUGUCUGACACCAAGUGUCUCUAUCAGGACUUCUCAAUGGCCACAAUAAGAUUCCAAGCAGAGCUCAGCGCAAUGGAAGAUGCAGGACAUCUAACUGGAGGCAAAUGUGUCUCAUGCCACACAUACUCUGUGAACUCUAGCUUGGGCUCUGAAGGAGAAGAUACUAUGUUGAACAUCUGCCAACUGGUAUGGGAAUGUUGGGGCGACAAUGCGAAUGCCUCCUCACAAUAUGGCAUGCUACUCUUUGAUUUGGACCAGUGGUACAAGGAUCAAAUGCCUGCGACCUACCGCCUGGAGAGCAACGUGUUCAUGAGCGCUAGCUGGUGCAGCCUAGCGGCCGGCGCGUGCGUCACGCUCGACGUGCGCCUCGAGCCCGCGUCCGUGGCGCCCUACGCGCACGCCACGCGCCUGGAGGAGCACCUGUACCCCAACAGCAUCCAGUACAACUGCAUCUGCCUGAACACAUCCGAAGCGUGUGUACUAAGCACAGUCGGAAUCCAGCGGCAGAUCAUCAGCUCUAUGGACGACGUGGGCCCCACGGCGCUUCUAAGCCCCGGCCGGCUGUACCACGCCUGCGUCACCGCCGGCCUGGCGCCCAUGUACGCAGACACCUCGCGAAGCCCCGGCCAGGAAGAGCAACGCAGAUACCUGUUAUCAGUGGCGCUUGAAGCGCGCCUGUCUCGCUUCCUGAAGCGCUGCGCGCACGACUGGGCCACGGGCAGCCAUGCCGGCGCUGGUUGCACCUUGCCUUUUCUAGUUGAUUGGUGCUGGCAGCGCGCUAUAGAACUGAAAGAGAACGCUAGAGAACUCACAGCGCCUCUCUUUUCUUCUUCCGCAUUGCCUGACAGAAAUGUAGUCAGAUGCUUAGAGCAUUGCGUGCAACAACUAACUCAACUGACAGGCCUGUUGGAUGCAAUCCUAACUAAAUGCUGCAAUUUGGUUGUGCCUGAUGCUCUGAGCGAAAUGGAGGAGAAGUACAAAGGGAUCGGCUGCGUAUCGCUGUACCUACGCGUGGUGCAGUGGUUCCUACGUGUAGGACUGCUGCCUGAGAGACUCCUGGCGAGGGACGCGCUGCCCUAUCCGGCACAUCACUUGCUUCACACCUACACCAAGCGACGCAUGAAACUUCAACGACUAGAAGAUAAUUCACCAGUGGAAAAUAAUGUGAGCAAAUCCUGUUCGCUGCUGUACAUAGAUCAACUCAUUGAAAAUGAAUUCGGAGGCGAAAGGAUACACGAAAUGUGGCUAGGCGGCGGCAGCGAGUGCAACGGACUGUACCCGCCGCCAUCUCUGUAUUCUCUGCUGCGACUGUACCUGCUGCCGGACAUCGCCGAGGAGCAGAAGCACUCGCUGGUGCUGUACCUGCUGGUGGACUACUCCGUGGUGUACGAUGACGUCAGGCACGAAGCUGUGAUUCGCCGCUUGAUGCAGUUCCCGACCAUGUUCGGCCUGAGCAACACUGCUAUCAAAGCCACGCAGGCUUUUUGGCACUUGGACCAUAGAGACUUUGAUUUCGCCCUAGACCAACUGCAAUGUCUAACCGGCAACACUCUAUCGGAGUGGCAACACAGCGUCGUGCUAUCUUCUCUGCUGGCACAGAAGAAGACUCAGGCUGCUCUCCAAUAUUUGCACGUCAGGAAACCAGCCCCAAUCCAGUACAAAGACCCAGAGACAAUGAACUCCAGUCGCGUCGGAGACCAAGACAAGUUGGACGACUGGCAGGCCUGCUGCAGCCUGUACCUGGCGCGCGGGCUGGCCUUCGAGGCGCUGGACGUGGCGCGCUCGUGCGUGCGCAGCGCGCGCAGUACAGACGACCAAGUGCGCGUGCUCAACUACUUCUUCCGAGGUUGUCGCAACACUGGCCACUUAUCAAAAAUACUGCAAGUGACACUCCUGCCUUUGGAAGAGGAAGUGUUCAUAAAGUACCUACAAAGCUGCAACGAGUCACAGACGUCGGACAUUCUCGUCAUGUAUUAUUUACAGCAGGCCAGAUAUCUAGAAGCAGAACAAUACAACAGUAAACUCCGCCACAGCAAGACUCGGGCUAAGGACGCUACGGGCUCUGCUGAGUCUCUAGCCGAUUUAGUAGACAGAGAGGGAGCGAGAGACACGAUUGUUGAAGUGGUCUGCGCGUCUCUGCCUAACAUCACCAACGUCGUGAGAGACUUCGCGCUCUUGGACAAAGAUACUGAGUCGCAUGUGAUGGCGGCUAAACCUAUGUCGGUAUUCAUCCAGGCAAAGUCCCCUAAAAACACGUUCACCUACAAAUCAUCAUUUAUACAGGAUACUAUUGAGAAUGCCAGCGAAACUUGGAUCAACAAACCAAAAAUGCGACGUGGAAUCAAACGCGCAUUGAAUAUUGAGGAGACUCCGUUUAUAUGCACGCCUAAGAUGGGGCGCAAUAGAAGCAUUCUCUCCGACUUACCGUCCGAGUCGACGCCGCCCAAGCGAGCUAAAUUGGACUUUGGGGGUACGCCCAAAACGCCCAAAUUCUCUAGCACCAUCAAACUGAGCCCAGAACUUAGUAAGCAGAUGGCGUCUCUACUAGACAUGCCGCUGGUACAGAGCCCCGAUAGCAAUCUUUAUGAUAGAGCUGAGACUCCGCACAGUAUUCUGAAGAUAAGGCGCAACGAAGCGAUGGAACGUGACGCGCCUUCACCAGUCGACUCGCGCUACUUGGGCGAUAGCGAUGACGAACUGCUAGAGACUGCCAGCAACCAGACGCACUACAGCGAUUCUACUAACAAGCACCUAAGGUUCACAAUCCCGACUGCUUCCGAAUCGGGUUCAACGCCCUCCCCUGUUGCGGCGCCUGCGCCUUACCAAAUAAGCCGAGAUGCGUCGACGGAGAGAGAGAUGCAGAUAUCGGAAACUGCCGAGAGCGAGCGGGAUGGCGAUAGUCGCGGUACUACCGGCUCGCAUGCUAUGGAUGACAGCAACCCCAUGGAAUCGCCGCCGAAGAAGCUAGCUGUGGAAGUCAAGUCGAGAAAGACUUACAAAGACACGGUGAAAGCCAGGCGAUCCCUCUCAAUAUCAGCGAACAGCAGUCUCUCAGACGACCCAAACACCUCCAUAGAGAGCAUAGCCGACAUUCCCGUGACUCUUAUCAACCCACGCUACUCCGGCGAUCGGCGGCGAAGAGAGAGAGAGCGCCAGGAUAGCGUGCGCGGACUAAUAGAGAGAGAGCGCGAACUAGGAGACAGAGAGCGCGAACUAGGAGACAGAGAGCGCCAGGAUAGCGUGCGCGGACUAAUAGGGAGAGAGCGCGAACUAGGAGACAGAGAGCGCCAGGAUAGCGUGCGCGGACUAAUAGGGAGAGAGCGCGAACUAGGAGACAGAGAGCGCCAGGAUAGCGUGCGCGGACUAAUAGAGAGAGAGCGCGAACUAGGAGACAGAGAGCGCCAGGAUAGCGUGCGCGAACUAAUAGAGAGAGAGCACGAACUAGGAGAUAGACAACGCCAGGAUAGCGUGCGCGGACUAAUAGAGAGAGAGCGCGAACUAGGAGAUAGACAGCGCCAGGAUAGCGUGCGUGGACUAAUAGAGAGAGAGCACGAACUAGGAGAGAGAGAGCGCCAGGAUAGCGUGCGCGGACUAAUAGAGAGAGAGCGCGAACUAGGGGACAGUGAGCGCCAGGAUAGCGUGCGCGGACUAAUAGAGAGAGAACGCGAAAUAGGAGACAGAGAGCGCCAGGAUAGCGUGCGCGAAAUAGAAGACAGAGAGCGCCAGGAUAGCGUGCGCGAAUUAGGAGAGAGAGACGCGGAUAUGCGGGAAAUAAGAGAGGGUGAAAUGGCGGCCCCUAAAACGCCGACUGGCAGGAGAGGGAUACGAGCUGUAUCUGGAGAGAGCACGCCUCUGAUUAAUAGAAGUCGAUCGGUUACCCCGGAGCGUCAAGAUUCCCCCAGGACACCACUACGUACUAGCAGAGUGACGAGGAGUCGAUCCCGCACCCCCGAAGUGAGUCCGCGCGGGUCGCCGCUGGCGCCGAUCAUCGAGCAGCCGAAGCAAGAGGCUACAAGCGAGCCUCACGCCGCCAGCUCUACGCUCAGUGUGCCUAGGAAUCUGAGAAGCAGAUCACGAACGCCUGAGAGGGUAGACAAACCCGUGAUGGAAUCGCCAAGACUCGAAGCGAUCACAGAAUCGCCAACUAAAUCGUCCAAUUCUGAGUCGUCUCCCUCCCCUAGCAGACGCAGUCUGAGGAGUCGAUCACGCACGCCUGAGGUUGAAAUUGUACAAGAACCGGCUAGGCCAGCUAGUCCACGCACUCUUAGGAGCAGACCUAAAACCCCAGAAAAGUUGAUGUCUCCCAAAUCAGAGCACUCAACUCGAACCAAAAAGUCCCUCUCCAGAAUAGUGUUAGAAGCGAACACAUUCGCCAAAAUGAUGGAGAAGAAUGACCCAGAACCGACGUCAGAAGAAUCAGAAAAUGCUAUUGAGUGUACUCCAAUGAAAACUGUAAAGCAAGUCCCAAGCCUAAUGGACGUAACUCUGUCGCCUAUCGUCAACAAAUCAGUACUACAAAGCUCUACUGACAGCGUCCUUUCAGAAACAGUAGACAAAGAGUCUAAUAAAACUGUAGAUAAAAGCACCACAGAUUUAGGACUAAAACCUCUACCAACGUUCACUACAAUCCACAAGACAUAUUUCGAGAAAUCGGUUCUGCACAGUUACCAAAGCAGCGUAGGCGAUUCGUCUGAAAGUGCAAUAGAGGACAAAGAAGUAAAAGAAGAUAACACAACUAAUGUGGGUCUCAAAUCGCUACCUGCUUUCACAACAAUAAACGACACAGGUUUUAACAAAUCUGUCCUGCAAAGCUACGAAAGUAGCGUAGCAGACACUUCGAGUAUUCACGAAGAGAAAGAAACAAAAAUCACCGAAGUGAGCGUUUCCAAACCCUUCUCAAAGUUCACUGAAAUAGUUGAGACUAACUUCGAAAGAUCUGUCCUGAAAAGUUACCAAAGCAGCAUGGCGGAGACCUCAAACGAAGUAUCUAAAGAUGAAUCUAGCAACAAAUCGGCUCUGAAAGACGCUAGUUUGAUAACCAACGAUAGCGAUGUGGAAAUGAAAGAAGAUGAAUGUCAGUCAAAAAUAGAUAGUCUUUCAGCAGUCAUUCAGAAAGAGAAAGAGAGGAUUGUCGAUAUCGAGAGGGAAAUAAAUGAACUCGAGGGUGAUAUGACAGAUGACAGCAGCGAAUCGACCGCGUCAGAAAGUUCCGGCGACGAGGAAAUCCUGGUCCCAGCUGAUAUUAACGAGGAGUCUGAUGAUACUUCAGAAUCGUCGAGUGAAUCAGGCAGCGGUGAUGAAGAAGUGAUAUCUAUCAAAGAUACAGAUUCCGAUGAAUCUUCUAGCGAUAACAAAUUGCAAAUAGAUGAGAAUACCAGCAGUUCGGAAAAACAAAUAACUCCGCUUAGAAAUAUAGAAGUUGUAGUUGAAGUUAAUGUUGAAUCAGAUAAUAAAGCCGAAGAAAAAGAAACAGUUGAAGAAAGUAACAGCAAUGUAGAUCCGAUGAAUCAAGCGCAGAUAUCAAUGCUGACUGAUGAUAAUUCUGUGAUAGAAUCUGAACAGUCUAAUGCUAAUUUAAAUUAUUCUGAUGAAGUUAAAACUAGCGAGGAACCUAAAGUCGCGGAAGCUGUUCCUAUGGAUACAGGUGAGUUAAAGCCGGCAGUCGAAAUUAUAGUUAUGGUUGAAGAAAUUGCUCCUGCCGAAAUUGCCGAAACUGAUCAAUUAGAUACCGCAGUAACCAAAAGUAUUGAUGCCGUAGAUUCCAUUGCACCAGCUGAAAAAGUUGACCCAAUAUCUACAACUGCAGAAGCACAAGUAAAAACAAGUGAGGAAACGAAAGUAGAUACUGCUGAUGCUAACUCUACUAAAGAAAAAUCUGCAUCAAUCGAAACUCUUGAAAAAGAUAAACCAACUGAAAAGGAUGACAAACCAAUACAAAAGGAAAUCACUACCCAAUCAGAAGAAGGCGAAACAGAAAAAGAGUCUCACAAACCCGCUCCCAGAACCAGAAAGCGUGCACAGUCUACGUCAUCCAACAAAUCCGUUACCGAAACAAAAGAAGAACCCAGAACUCCAGUCACUAGAAAGCGAACGCAAUCCACAGCUUCCAACAAAUCGGUCACCGAACCAGAGCCGAAAACUCCCGAAAAUGUUGCUGAAGAGACAAGUACUCCAUCUAGAAGACGAGCCAAAACGCCGCCUAGCGUCGAAGUCCGUAAGAUUAUUACUCGAAGAGCGUCUAAAGAGAUGUCUGAAAAACUAGACGAAUCUAAAGAAGCUCUUGAUGAUUCAGUCACGGCUACGCCUAGAAGACGUUCUACCAGAUCUAGAACUAAAAAUAUAGAUGAUAACGAGAGCGUAGCUUCAGAAAGUUCGGUCAGAUCGACUAGGAGUCGCGCUAGUGAGGACGCGGGUGAUAUUAAGGCCGCGCCAAUAAGGAAAGGCAGGAAGUCCAUACUGAGCACGAAGCCUGAUCUGUCUGUGAUACCGGAAAUGAUCGUUGAGGAGGAGUCGAAAAGCAGCGAGGAUAUUGUUAACGAAUACUCCAAUGCUAGAAGGCUGACCCGCCAUCAAAAAACAGUGCUAGAAUCGUGGCUAGAACCGGCCGCGUCGCCUCGUUCCCGCCGCCGCACCAGCGCCGCAUCGCGUCACAGCGCGUCGGACCGCGACGACGAUGACGCCGACUCUACGCAUUCUUUUGACGUACAAUCCAUGGAUAGAAUCGCUCUACUGGCUAAACAGGACUUUGAAGGCUCUCCAGACUUCGAGGAAUACCCUAACGUCGGAUCGCCGGACUCAAUUGCUUCGGACGCGAGCAAGCAACAACGGAGAUCUCGAUUGGCGCGCGCAGGUUCAGAGGCGAAAACCACACCGAGAGCUGUCAAGAAAACGAGAAGUAUUUCCGUUGAUAUCGGCGAGGGCUCUGAGGCAGGAUCUCCCGCGGGCAGCCCGCUACGCCGCGCCAGCCGCCGCGCGUCCUUCAACAAGGCGUGCGAGGCGCUCCACACACCUAUCAAGGGACGCCGCACAUCUACGGACACCAGGAAAGAAGCAGAAAGCCCGCAAGACUCGUCGGCCGUUUCGGAGUCGGAGUCCGUCGCAACGCCCGCGCGUCGCUCGCGUCGCGCUGCGUCCACGCAGUCCAAUGCCAGCCAAACUAAACUGGAUACCAGCAAGAGAUCAAAGAAAACCUCUGCACUAGAUGAAAGUAAGGAUAAGAAGAAGUAAAUAGAAUAAAUUAUUCCUCUUUGUAUGUACGUAGU